UUUUCGGUUAUGUCAGUUGUAUGUAAAUAAAAUAGCUAGUUUAUAUUAUCGAUAAACCAGCAACACGAAAUUGAGACCAAAUUUGCUGUUAUUAGUGUAAGGCCACAAGGCGAUGCUAUCAAAUUACUUGAACAGCUGACGCCACAAUCACUUGCUAAACUACAAAUUAUAGUAAACUUGUCGAAAGCCGCGCUGUUGGAUUGGCGUCGUGAUCGCGGCGGUGGUCGUGGCCGCGCUGGUGGCCGUGCUGGUGGUGCAGCCGUGGGCAGAGGACGGCAGCCACGCACGGUUCGCGCGCGCCGCCGUCGCCGCCAAUGGACACGAGUGCGCCGCUAUCGGACGCUCGAUACUUGAGAAGAACGGAAGCGCCGUCGACGCAGCAAUAGCCACGCUCUUCUGCGAGGGUCUAGGCUGCGCACAAUGUAUGGGCUUGGGCGGUGGCUUUUUGGCAACGGUCUACGACGCGAGCACGCGCCGGGUGCGAGUCCUCAACGCGCGCGAGCGGGCGCCGCUCGCAACCACGCUCAACAUGUACGACAACGCAUCCUCCACAGUCGGCGGUCUCGCGAUCGCCGUUCCGGGAGAGCUGCGAGGCUACGGCGAAUUAUAUCGAGAAUACGGCCGCUUGCCCUGGGCGGAGCUGGUCCGUCCAACAGCCGAGCUUUGCCGGAAGGGCCACCGAGUGACCGAGUACAUGGGCCGAGUGCUGGGGACCUACAGCGACAGGAUCAAGGCGCAGCCAUCCAUGAGCGAGUUGUACGUGAAUCCAGCGACGAACGAAGUGUACAAAGAGGGCGACAUUAUAAUGGAGCCGACGCUGGCGAGGACGCUGGACGUGAUCGCGGAGGAGGGUCCGGGGGCGAUGCACAACGGCUCGCUCACCGCCGCGCUCGUCCGCGACAUCGAGAGCUUCGGCGGCAUUAUCACGGAGGAGGACAUGAGGCAAUACAGGGUGGAGUGGCAAGAGCCAAUAUCGGUGAAGUUGUCCGAUCAGCACACGCUGUACUCGGUGCCGCUGCCCGGCUCCGGCUCCGUGCUGGCUUUCAUCCUCAACAUGCUGGCCGGGUGGGUCGGCGGCGAGGCCGCGCCGCGGGCCUCCGGCCUCUACUAUCACCGCGUCAUCGAGGCCUUCAAGUACGCGUACGCCAAGCGCACCGGCCUCGGGGACGCUUCACGAUCCGACCUCACGUACUCCGUCACUGAGCUGGAGCGCAACCUAUCCGACGCCGACUGGGCCCGCGCCUUCCGCGACCAAGUGGACGACGAGCACACCUUCAACGACUGGCGGCACUACGGCGCGCUGUUCGAGGGCGCUGACGACCACGGCACGGCGCAGAUCGUCGUCAUAGCUCCUGACGGUAGCGCCGUCGCUGCCACGAGCACCAUUAACUACAUUUGGGGCAGCCAGCGCCGUUCAACAAGCCUCGGCAUAAUGCUGAACAACGAGAUGGACGACUUCGCGAUCCCAAACCUCGAGUCGGCGUACGGCAUGCCGCCGUCGCCCGCCAACAUGUUAGCGCCGGGUCUGCAGCCCCUGAGUUCCAUGGUGCCCAGCGUCGUGCUCAACCAGCGAGGGGAAGUUGAUCUGGUGUUGGGAGCCGCCGGCGGAACCAAGAUCACGACCCAAGUUGCGAUGACGGUGAUAAACACCAUCCUCGAGGGCAGCUCGCUCCCUGAAGUCAUGAACCGGCCACGCCUCCAUCAUCAGCUCAUGCCCAUGGAAGUUGAACAUGAACAUGAUUUCGAUGCGGACAUAAUAAAAGCGCUCCGAGCGAAGAACCACUCAACGACGGAGCUUGGCCGGACCGCCGGCUUCGCAGCCAUGGUGGGCGCCCAGCGGGACGGAGACGGCUACCUUGUACCCAACACGGACAAGCGGAGAGUUGGCAGCAUCGACGGUUUCUAAUACCUACCAUAAUUAAUUCAACUAAACAUAAUAAAACUAGUGGUUCUGUGAGCUGUAGACCUCGCGAACCCCCAUGGCUCACCACUUAAAAUAAUUCUUAAAAACUAAAUCGACAAAUCCAUAUUAUUAUCGAACAACAUUUUUUACGAGAAUCGGAGUCAGACAAACAGCUGGACAGGCAUACAAAAGCAUUUUUGUCUAAGCUGUAACAGAGCGCUUGCUUGCUCAAAAAUAAACACCCAUUCCUUUAUAGAUGAGAUAUCUCAACCAAAAUGGUCGGUAGGUGUAACUGGUAUAAUGGCUUUCCUGUGUGGUGAUGCCGGUGACAUUGCGGCUAGAAAACUAGACGUGCCAAUGUAUGCAAGCGCGAAGUUUUUUUUUUAUACUACGUCGGUGGCACACAAGCAUACGGCCCGCCUGGUGUUAAGCUGAUGCUGAUGUCUUUCCACUUAUUUCAUUAAAAAUAUUUUUUUAAUCCUUCUCUCCCUGUAAAUUAUAUUACAAAAUAAUAAGAUAUUGUUAUAAAUAGCCUCUAAAAUACUGAGUUGUAUUAUAGCUGGUAAACUUUUGUACUUACACGUACAGUAAAAAAAAACUACUACAUACAAAAAUGUACUCAGAACUGCUAUUAUGAUAGUUCAUAGCUAAAGGAAUAAUAAAACGUACCGUGGUGCAUUAUAUUGUAGGGGAAAUUUGGUUAGCUGAAUUAGAUGACGCUACGCGGCGUCAUGAGCGUACAUAAUUAUUUUCCGUCGUAUUUUCACGGAAACGUACGAACGUGUGUUGCUAUUUCAGUCAGUCUCGGUACAAAAAGUAGUUGACUGAAGAGCAUGACAAAUUUAUACGAACGUUUCCAAGAAAAUACGACGGAAAACAAUUAUGCACUACCUCUGUAUUGUGGUAUAGGCUAUCCGUUUUCUAAGAUCAAGUGCGCCAUACCAUUUACUAUAGCGUGCUUGAUCUUAGAAAAACGGACGGACUAUACCUGUAUAGGUAACUAGAUUGUUAAUUCUUAGAACUUGAUGGCAUAAUAAACGCAUAUUAUUCAGCUGUCUAAAUAUGUAAAGAACAAUAUUUUUGCACCACUUUGUCAGAGUCUUUUUAUACUGUAUACAUUUAUGAAGUUUAUAUCUAUGCAUGUUGUCUCAUUAUAUUGUAUUUUAUAUUUAAUAAUAGGUACUAACCAUAAUUUUCAUAAUGUUAUUGUACAUAUGUUUGUACUCGUAUUGCAUACCUACCUGCACAGAAUGGUUUGCCAAAUAAGCCUCCAUUUUAUGAAGUGCAUAUUUUCGAUGCAUUUUACAAAAUUAGUUGAAUUGUAUCUGGGUAUAAUUGUAUCCUUUAUGGAUAUGGGAUCUCAAACAUAGGUAGUUAAAGAGCAGCACAGAUGCAGAAUGCAGAAAUAAGGGCUUUAAUUAUAAUAUUAUUAUCAUGUUAUCAUGUUAAUAUUAUUAUCAUAUUAUCAUAUAUCAAAAUAUGCGUGCUUACGCAAUGGUGGGGCCAUUGACCACGGCCCACGCAAUGGCCCCAUAUUUGAGGAAAUUUAUGUAAUAUUCGCUUUAUAUAAUAUUAUUACUAAGGUUGGCUAAUUAUGCAAACUAUAUAUUCACUUUGGUAGCCUAAAAUUCUUGUUAUAAUAAUGACGGGUGACUAUAACGUAAGCCCUCGUUUCCACUGUAACCUUUUGUAAAGUCAGUCACCACUCAGUCACCGUCCUUAAUAUUAUUAGCCAACUUACUUGGUUUAUUUCCACAGAUUUAGUGGUGACCGAAUUUAGGGUAAGUAGUUUAUCCUAACAAAAACUACCGCACGUAAUAAUAAUCGAUAAGGAUUUCCACCUUUCCUUCGUUUUUCGCGGGAACCAUGUGAUGUGAUGUUAAUUUAGUUACCUGCCUAUGUAACAUGCUGUGAUGUGAUAUUAAUUGUUGCUUAUAAAAUAAUAGUGAAAUAAUUUGUUUUGUUAAUAAAAAUAAUUAUGAAUAAACCAUAAAA